AAGUUGUUCGAAUUAUCUUUUCUAAAUAUAAAUCUGUACAUUGGAGAAAAUAAAUAGAAAUUCAAAUCUUCAACUAACACAUCAUCCGAGAAUGAAUACAGACGCCCAUAUUGUCACGGACUUUAGAAUCGACGAAAUACCAUCGUUCUUGAAGUUUGAGAGAGGGAAGAAGAGCUCAAUAGAUCGUGAGAUCGAAGAGGAGGUACAGCGUAUCAAGCAAAAGGAUAACGCGGGUAUUAAGAGAGAUGCUACAAUUGACUUCUGUCUUUCUGAUGACUGUAGUACGGAGGCAAGUGAACCCGUCGAUGACUUUGAAGCAAUGGCCAAACGUAACAAUGGAGAAAACAAGCGCGCCAAAGAGAUGUUCAGGUCAUUCAGGAAGAGUUUGAGAGACAGGUUCAGAAAACUAUCUGUACGUAAAUCGAUAAAGAAAAUAAGAAACCGAAAUAAAAAUAACAAAAAUGGCAUUGAAGAAAUCGAGGAGAAACCAAAGCCAAGUGGUUAUAGUGAGAAUAACAUGAGUAUAAGCAGAACCGGCUCAAUCAACUUCCAUCGAGCAUCAAGGAAGGUCAAGAGGAGUCUAAGGUGGACGAAAUCCAAGAAGCAAAGGAGAAGACAUACGGUAUUGAUUGGCGAAGAGGCGGAGGAAUACAGUCCCAUAGGGUCGCCAUUCCUUUCCAAACUUCUCCGGAAAUCAGGCAUAUUAUCAGACCGGGAUUCCAGUCCGAAAGGCUCACCAGACGAAGCUCUGAAAAGAGGAAAAAGUUUCAAACGAAUAUCAGCGAGUAGCCCUCUGACACGGGUAAGAUCUCAGCGUUUGAAGCCCCAGAUAAACGGCCCGGGAGCGCAACGCCCAAGGGCUAAAUCAAACGCUUUCUGUGAGGUUGUGAUGGAAGCGUGUGCGGCAGAAGCGGCGAACAUCUCAAACGAAAAUAGAUUCAAUAAAGCUGCGUAUGAGCCGAAAGAAGAUCCAGACAAAAUUGAGGAGAUACCGGUUGAUUUUGAUAAACCACCCGCGUAUAAGGUGCUUAUAAUGGGUGCUGAUGGUGUAGGAAGGUCUGCUCUAAUUGAGAGCUUCGCGGAACUCGAUGACAUGGAAGACAUUGAUACAAUAGUUGAGCAGAACCAAACAACUAUGACCAUAUGGAUAGACGAGAGAGAGACAACGCUAGUCUUCCGUGAGAUGGUCGACAAAGAGGAUCAUAUAGAGCACAAAGAUGCCGAUGCCUAUGUUAUACUGUAUGCAGUGACAGAUAAACAUACAUUCCACCAUGCAAUUGAUCUUCUACAUGACAUAGCAGAUGUCAUAUCAAACCAAGGGGCUGUUAUACUUGUUGGAAACAAGAGUGAUAUCGUUCGGCAAAGACAAGUCACCCCCGAAGAAGGGGAAGACAUUGCGAGGAACUACACGUGCCCCGCUUCUAACAUGAACAAUAAACCAAAGAUCCUGCUGAAAACACGAGAGGUUCCGCUGAAAAUAGGAGCAGGUAUCUCAAAAUGGAGUGAAUCCCGAUUAUACCCUGCAACUCUCCCACUAUACCCAGCUUGA